ACGGCAGCAAAAUCGCUUUCCGGACGCUGUCGUGAAUUUCUUCAUGCUGUGCAGCAUGAAGAAACACGACCUUGGAAACCCUGGAAACCUGUCUGAGGUGGUCCACUUCACGUAAAGAUGCGGAGAACACAUGUCACCAACUGAAGCUCGCUGCUCCAAGCUGAAAAGAACAAGAAAGCAAAAGAUCAAAAAGACAUGGCAUCUCAUUUCUUGAAGUACUCUGUACUUCUCCAGAAGUACCGCACUCCGCUGCUCAUUGCGAGCUGCGGUGGGGUCUUCGCAGCCAACAUGUUCUACCAUGUUUUCCCCGAUAUCUCCUAUCGUCAGCUCUAUCAGGCCUGGUACAAGGGAGAGCCGGUCGUGCUGUCGGAAAAGCUGGAAAAUGUUUUUCAACAGGUGUUGACGGACUAUGGGAUCAGCUCUACCAAGAAUUUCUCGGCCUUUGCCUCCUUUGGGUUCCAUCCAGUCGGAGCUGGCAUCCCGUGGCUUCCUGCAGGGGCCCAUAUCGGCAUCCCGGCUAACUUUAACAGCACUGCCGAUGACCCAAGUGGAAUUACCAACCGCUACAUUUUUAUCAACGGCAAAACGGUGGACUGGAGCACCGAAUCUGGUUCUGCUCUAAAGGAGGCACUUGUGUUUUCACCCAAUGCACAGAAGUUCGCCAUAGCACGAGAGGUGGCUCGCUUGCAGUCUGGAGGACCUAUCAUGAGUGCUGCCGUUGCCCCAUUCUGCCUGGGUGGGGUUUGGGUGUACAGCGUGGUGCUGAAGCAGGUUUUCGGGCUAUACGGUGGGCCUGCACUUCUGCGCGGGGCUGUGAACAUUCUUGCACUGGGCAUCGGUGCCAUUUCCUACUUCCUCACCUCAGAUGCUGUCAGCCAGUGGCUCGACUAUAACUCAGACCGAUGUGCGGCCAGAGUGUCCCACCAUUACGCCAGAGGAGGGAUAGAGUUUUACGAUCAAAUUCUGUCCAGAAACAAAACCCUGCGUUCGCUGAUGGGGCAGAAGGGAGAGGAGAUGUAUGCUCCCAGUGGGAACUUAUUUCCUGCUCACAUCCUCCAGCUGAAACACACACCGUACACAUCCAGGAGGGAACAGAUCCUCGCUCUGCUGAAAGAGGAGAAAGUGUGAGAAGAGGGUUAGUGAUGGGAAUUAAACUAACAAAAAUGUGGCCAAUGGAGUUACGUUUUUCAUAGAAUUAUGUCAUCACAGAGGUGCUGAAUGAAAUUUGUAACUCAAAUCAGUAGAGUCCUGAGGUGUCAGAUAUUUAGUGGCAUGUGCAACUGCUGACUUUAUGCAACAAAGACAACAUGUAGGGUCUAUAGUCUACAAAUAAACUUUUCCUGCCUGUG